AUGAGAGCACUGUCAGCACGAGGCAGCCAAGACGUGUGGGGAGUAUUGUUGGGGGCGACAUUGGGUCUGGAUGCUCGAAGCCUGGACGUGGAAGACUCCUAUCUGGAGCCGGAGGAAAGGAAAAAUCUUACCAGCGCUGCGGAUGCUGACAACGUCAGUACCUGUUCGAAUUUCCGGUACAUUGACUGCUCCGGGAGCGGCGCCAAUCGGGUGUCAAGUGUUUUAAGACGUCAUUUCUCGGACGGGAUCAUACCGGUGCGGCCUGUUAGUGAGGGGUCUGUUAGUGAGGGGUCUGUGAGUGAGGGGCCUAGCGAGGGUGAGGAGCCUAUCAGGCUGGUAGACCGGGAGUUUAGUAAUCAUAGGACCCUGGCGACGUUCGCAGCAGAGCAUUCGUUAACGGAACCAGUGCUUCUAACGAUCGUGUUGGAAUCAUUAAAGUUAUUGCGCCAGUGUUCGCGCGGGAAAUUCUCGUCCACCGAUCGAAAGGCUCUGAACGAGGUCCUACAAUCAAAGUACCUGCCGCGAUACAUGAGGCAGUCCCGCAGAGCGCCAUACCUGACGGGUAUGCAUCAAAUUGCGCUCGAUGUUGACGGACAUAAAGACCUGCGUAAUUUAUCUUGGUUUGGGGUGCCAGUGGAGCCCUCCUUUAGACUCCGCCUGCAGCCCUGCUUCGGUCAGAAGAAGCACAAGGCGAUGAGGCAAACCGGUAAAGCGUUUGUUGAUAUGGCUAUCAAAACUGGAGUCAUAACCUGUCCCCAACUGGCAGCAGGAUUCGGGACUCGUUGCCGCCGGCUCACCUGUCGACAGGAACAUAAACUGGAAAAGGUGCUGGCAGGUGGGUUCCGCAACUUCCGUCAAUGGUGCAAGGCCGUCUCCAAAUACCACAAGAAAACCAUCGGCGUAAAGUCCGUAUCGCUACCGACAUUACGCCCAACGUCCACGGACUGCUAA